GACAUUCUCACGCGCUUGCGUAGCGGGCAGGCGCAACAGGCAAAAAGCCUGCUGGAGUCCAGUUAACUUUAUACAAAUUUCAAGCUGGGAAAGGGAGACAGUGUCAUUGUCAAACAUUUCCAGAGGAUUAUAUUUACCUUGAAAGGAGGACGUCCUCCUAAAAUUAAAUAAUUCUGUUUUGCUAGUAAAUUAUAGCCUAGUUUUAUCUGUUUCAUGCGCGUGAGGAUUUGAAUUUGAACUGCACUGUGUAAAUUUUUACUAAAAAAAAACAUUAAACAAAAACAAAUGGUCGUAGUGAAAUCAUACAGACUGCGUCCUCGGCUCGUGCCUAAUUAUAACCCGAGCUCGCGGGCAGUAACAGUAUCUCGUGGCUGGUAAUGCAGACAGAGGCUCGCGCCACAACUGCCCUCUGACAACUUCACUGCGUCCACUGGAGGAAUAGAAACUGCACGAAAUUUCAGCUGUCAAACGCACUAAGGUUCUUGAUCCAUGCCUGUCCCUCCACCUCCACCUCCCCCAGCACCUCCACCCCCACCUCCAAAUGCUUCAGCUCCUGCACAGAAGUCACGGGCAGAACCUCCUAAAGUCCAGCGUUCUGAAGGAGGAGGUCGUAAUGCCCUAUUGGCUGACAUUCACAAGGGGGCGAGGCUGAAAAAGGUCACACAGGUCAACGACCGGAGCGGCCCCUUUCUUGACAAGCCUAAAGUGAGCAGUUUGGAUGAUAGUGGAAGACAUGCGGCUGCUGGAAACUCUGCAGGCACAGCAGGGUCUGCUCCAUCUACAGUGGGUCCAAGUCUGGGUGGCCUGUUUGCUGGGGGAUUUCCUGUACUUAGAUCAGUUGGAAAAAGAGACAAACAGCCACAGCUCAACACAGUUUCUCGCUCUGGUUCUUAUGCUAGCCUGAAGCAACCUCUCUGGAACCCACCAUCACAGGGAGAUGGUUUUAGAGGAAGCGCCCCUGAUCUGUCCCCCUCCCACAAACCUUUGGAAAGAGCCGCCUCUUUGCCUAAAGCUCGGCCCCUUUCCUCAUACACGGCCCCUCCCUCCCCCAGCCAAACUGCUCAUCCUGAUUUCAAACUUUCCUCUACUGUGCCUUCUUCUGCAACACCCCCUCCUCCUCCUCCAUUUGCACCACAGCAGCGGCCUAGUCAUAAACCACCUCCACUCCCCACUGGCCCGCCGCCACCCCCACCUCCCCAAAUGGCCAAACCCAUGUGGUUACCGGUCCAAUCACACUCCAUUCCUAUGCCCACAACUCCGCCUCCUCCACUGCCUCCAUCAGUCCCUCCUUCCUCAAUCUCUGAUAGAUCAUCAGGUAUAUUUUAUCCUCCGCCUCCUCCACCCCCACCAUCAGUACCUCCAUCUUCACUCCCUGACAGAUCAUCUGGGGUAUUUUACUCUCCACCCCCUCCACCGCCUCCCUCGACUCCUCCAUCCUCGCUCCCUAAACGGUCAUCUGGCAUCUUUUUUCCUCCACCUCCUCCUCAAGACAUGUUAGAAAUAAAUGGCCCUCCUUCUCUUCCUGCUUCUUUUUCAUCUAGCCACCCCCCCUCAGCACCCCCUCCUCUACCUCCGAAAGUAACUCCCGUGCCCUCACCCACAUACAGGCCCAUCGUUCCACCUCUGCCACCUUCUUACCCCUGUACCGCCCCCAGCAGACGUCCCCCAGCGGUGCCACGGAGCACAGGUCCUCCACGGUUGGCUCCGCCUCCUGCACCACCAGCUCGUUCUCCUAGCACUGAGCUUUCCAGUAGGGUCUUGCCCCCUCCUCCACUUCCACUGUCAGCUCCGCCCAGUGCAGUCCGGAACGGACACCUGCAUAGUUUAGAUGACUUUGAGUCAAAGUUUCAUUUCCAUCCAAUUGAGGACUUCCCCCCACCUGAAGAGUUCAGGCCUUUCCCACGUAUCUACCCCAGCAAGGAGAACAGAGUCAACCCACAACCUCCUGGCAUGAGGACUCAUUUAAGAUGAAAUGUGACAAUACCAUGUUUGGUGCUUAAAGGACAAGUUCGGUAUUUUACACUUAAAGCCCGGUUUUCAGAUUGUUUAUGAUGAAAUAGAACGGUUUUGACUGAAAUUUGGACAUAUUCU